UUUCUUUAUUAAGUUUAUACUGUUAUUAAUUCAACUAGAUAUGUAAAUAAAUCAGAAGGGUAUAUCCUUCACCGAAAUUACGGCUCAGUUUUGUGCAAGUAUAUGAUCCUGUAAAGAUAUAUUUUCACAUUUCGCUGGAUCGUUACCACGGAAUCAUGAUAUAGCUUAAGGAAUGUAUCUGAAAUAACACAAAAUCAGGGCAAUGGUGCUUAUGAGCAUGGAUUCCCCACCAUUUGAUCUGCAAGCAUACCAGCCACCGAUAUCGCUGUGGGGGCUGAUACAACAGCAUGCCCCUGCCCAUGAGAGGGAGGAGAUCAAGAGCAUGCUCGGGGAAUCUCUCAUAGACCAGAGUCUCGAGCUGCAUAGUGAGAUUGACAUGCUGCUGGAGAUCUGGCGCGACUACCGGGAGGAGACAACCUCAGUGAAACCUCUUCCCAAACUUGCGGAGCCGCCUGGCCUGAGGGACCGCCUCAUACAGGAGAUACAGUUCUUUGUGGGCAGUGUGAAAGAGAAGGCCAGGAAUGAGGGAGUAAAUGCUGAGAAAUUACUUUCAAGACACAAUGUAGAUGUUUUAGGUUAUGCCCUAGACACUCCAAGGGCUGACAGUGUGCGCCCAGGAUCCCGACAGGCAGCCUUUAGUAUGGAUGGGCGGGAGACGCCUAUGAUCUGUAGCCCCACCUGCAGUGACAGAACGUCGGAGGCAUCAAUACUUAGUGAGGAGGUGGAGGCGAUGAAUGAGAAGCUGAAUAUCCUGAAGCUGGACGAGGUGGUCACGCAUCUCAGAGGCACUAUGGAGGAGGAGGUGGAGACUCUCCUCAAGGACAUACACUUCCUGCAAGGUUGUCUUGACGAUGAGGCCACAUUCCGGGCGGAGUCAGUUGGCACCAUUUCCCGCGAACCCACGCUCACAGAGCUGAAAGAUGAGCGUUCAAACCUUGAGCGGGAGCUGCUGUCCAACAUGCGAUCACAGACGUCACCCGAGAAUAUAAAACCUGCAUUUAACUUUAAGAACCUUGGUCCCAGUGGACCAACAUUGAGCAAGGUCAAAACCUCAACUUCUGGUGUGGGUAAACUCAACCCUGUGAAAUCUGGUCCAAUGAAGGCAUUUACCUCUCAUGACAAUAACUCGGAUGGAACUGGCACUACCAGAUUGCAUGGAUCCCAUGUGGGGAGAGAUUCUCCAGAAAAUAGACACAUCAGGCCUCAUUCCGGGUCUAAAACUAGGUCUGAUGAUUUGUCUGUAAAACCUAGGCAAACAUUAACUGAAAAUGUGAAAGCUGAAGCCCCUUCAUUGGCACAGAGUAAGAGGCUGGUAGGCGUUAGUAAUCUUAGUGCUUCAAGGUCUAGGUCUGGGAGACCAGACUUAGUUACAAGGACACAUGGGGACGUGAUUUCCUCUAAAUCUAAGGGUAACGGCCAGCCAUCGCUAGAGGCUAUAGUCACGGUAACCAAGGGUUUGCCAGGGGAGCCAGCUGAUGUCAGGGUCUUACCCUCUCCACCCUCAUCAGCAAAACCUACCACACCUCGACCAAGUUCGGCACAGAGGUUCCGCCGUAUGGUGCAGGACUGUCGAGACUACUCCUGUUUCAAGGGAGGCAUCAGUUUGCAAAGGUGGCGCUUCGUAAACAGGAUUUCUAGUUUAAUUAGUGCUUCCGCUGAUGAGACAGACGACACAAAGCGGAUAGUAGUGGUGGAGCAGGAAUUGCCAGCCGACGACCACACUGCGUCACUUCCGCUCUGGCGGAAGAUCUGCUUCGCCGUCGGUGGCGCUCCAUACCAGACCACAAACACAGUCAUCAACUUCUUCAUCUCAAUAUUUUUGCUGGAAGUUGCAGAGGUUGACCCCUACUACGUGUCCAUAAUCCUGUUCGGGGGAAAGGCGUGGGAUGCCAUCACAGACCCGACAUGCGGGUACCUCGUCCACAGAACAAGCACACGUUUUGGCAAAUUUAGACCAUGGAUCCUCUUCUCUGCCCCGCUGGCAUGCGGCGCCUACUUCUGCCUGUGGUACGUACCGGAAGUGAGCGUCGAGGCCAAGUUCGCCUGGUACUUCGUCGCCUACUGCAUGUUCCAGAUGCUCCUUUCGGGCUUGCACGUGCCGUAUACGUCCAUGACAAUGGCAGUGACGUCAUCUCAACGGGACCGGGACUCCGUCACAGCAUAUAGGAUGGUUUCGGAGGCGGUUGGUGUGUUGCUAGCCGUCGUGGUGCAGGGGCAACUCGUCUCCAAGUACCGGAAGUCCGGGGAUUGUGGCUCAGGCGGCAAGGUCGAACCGGAAGAGCUCAAGAAUGAGAAAUGGUCCUACACCCUUGGUGCUUUAGUUGUGAUAGCAGCAUAUAUGCUUUGUUCAAUUACUGUCUUCUUUGGAACCAAGGAAAAACCAGGUUUCAAUACGGCGGACGGUGGCGGAUUUUUCUCCGGUGCGCGGCAAGUGAUCACCUACCGGCCAUACGUGCUUCUGUGUGCAGCCUUCCUGUUUCUCUCACUAGCCAUCGCAAUAGUCCAGGGGAACCUGGCCCUGUACUGUACUCAUUCUGUGGAUCUCAAAGACGACUUCUCAACAUUCAUACUCAUUCUUCUGAUCGCCAGCAUCUUAGCCAUGCCUCUCUGGCAGAUGUGCAUUGUCCGGUUUGGGAAGAAAUCCACGUUUGCCACCGGCAUGAUUCUGUUCGUGCCAACGCUGAUCAGCCUGCUGUACGUACCAGACGGGAACCUGUACGUCUUCUAUCCCAUCGUCCUCCUGGCCGGGCUCUCAGUCUCCGUAGCUCUCCUGUUGCCAUGGUCUAUGUUGCCUGACGUGAUAGACAAGUUUUACCUGGAGCAUGGUACCAGGAAGGAGUCCAUCUUCUACUCAUUCUACGUCUUCUUCAACAAACUCUCCGUAGGCGUGGGGCUCGGUCUUUCACAGCUUGUCCUUGGUCUGGGAGGGUACAAGACGGGUGAGUGCAGCCAGCCGGCUUCCGUGGGCAUGGCGCUUCGGUUGCUUGUUUCGCCUGGCCCCGUCGUCUUCACUCUUUUGGCCCUCAUCGCCCUGUGGCGCUACCCCAUUGACGAGCGGGAGAGACGCCGCAUCAAGGACGGCGUGCACAAACGUCUACAAGAGGCUUCUGAGAAGGCGGCAGUCCGUCGGCAGAACAGCGGUCUCAUUCAUUCAGAACAGAACAUCAGCGUCAGCUACCAGAGUAUCACAGAGAGCUCCGGCGUCUGACACACUGCCUGGCUACACUUGGUGACUGCACUGACUGUCAUCACGUUCAAUAACUUCAGUUUUAUAAAUAUUUCAUUCACUGAGAGUGCUUUUGUUAUAUAACAAUCAGGGCUGGCAUGUGUUCGUCCCAUAACAGGUGGAAUAAUACACUUAAUGACAUGCCUGAAGGAUUCAUAAAAUAGUUGCGUGUUGUGAUACCGCUUGAAGGGAAGUGUAAUCGUGUAUAUUGUAACAUUUUAGAUGGGUGUUCAUACGUUACGGUAAUAUAUUUUUUAUUAUA